AUGGCAGACAGAGACACAGAUGAGUUAAACAUUGAUAACGUAAUAAAAAAAUUAUUAAAAGUCCGUGGCGAGAAGCCUGGUAUGAAUGUACAGUUAACGGAAAUUGAGAUAAAAGGGCUAUGCUUGAAAUCGCGAGAAAUAUUCUUGUCGCAACCCAUCUUACUUGAAUUGGAGGCUCCGCUAAAAAUAUGUGGUGACAUUCACGGUCAGUACUAUGACUUAUUAAGGUUGUUUGAAUAUGGCGGUUUCCCCCCGGAGUCUAACUACCUGUUCCUUGGAGACUAUGUUGACCGUGGCAAGCAGUCCCUAGAGACAAUUUGUUUGCUGCUUGCUUACAAGAUUAAAUACCCAGAGAACUUCUUCCUACUAAGGGGCAACCAUGAGUGUGCUAGCAUCAAUAGGAUUUAUGGAUUUUACGACGAGUGCAAAAGGAGGUAUAACAUCAAGCUAUGGAAGACCUUCACAGACUGCUUCAACUGCUUACCGGUGGCGGCGAUAGUGGACGAGAAGAUAUUCUGCUGCCACGGCGGGCUCUCGCCUGACCUGCAGGCGAUGGAGCAGAUCAGGCGGAUCAUGCGGCCCACGGACGUGCCGGACCAGGGUCUGCUCUGCGACCUGCUCUGGUCCGACCCCGACAAGGACGUCGCCGGCUGGGGCGAGAACGACCGCGGCGUCAGCUUCACCUUCGGCACGGAGGUGGUGGGCAAGUUCCUGUCGAAGCACGAGUUUGACCUGAUCUGCCGCGCGCAUCAAGUUGUUGAGGACGGGUACGAGUUCUUCGCCAAGCGGCAACUGGUGACUCUCUUCUCCGCGCCCAACUACUGCGGCGAGUUCGACAACGCCGGCGCCCUGAUGUCCGUCGACGAGACCCUCAUGUGCUCGUUCCAAAUCCUGAAGCCGGCGGACAAGCGCAAGCUGUACUCGGGCCUGAACAUGGGCCGGCCCAACACCCCGCCCCGCGCCCAGCCCAAGAACAAGAAGAAC